CGUAACACACAACAACAUGGUUCCCUUGUUUUGGACUUGUGCAGCGUGCUACGUGCUAUGAGUGGAGAUGCUCCUUUGAGGCUGAAUCAGUGGACGACAUUACUCCCCUUCCACCAGGCGAUGGCUCAAGCCGGGGGAAGGUGUGCCGAGUCCGGGCGCAGGCUGCGCUCCAUCUGCCGGCGAAUGUAUGACGAGAACGAGGACUUGUCUGAUGUGGAGGAAAUAGUAAACAUCAGGGGUUUCAGCGUGGAGGAGAAGCUGGCCAGCGACCGCUAUGGUGCGGACUUUGUCUGCGUAAUGGAGGGUAAAGACUUCACAUAUGAAUAUGUGCAAAGGGAGGCCUUAAGGGUGCCUCUUAUUUUCAAAGAGAAGCAAGGACUCGGGAUCAGAAUGCCUGAUCCGGAAUUCACAGUCUCUGAAAUUAAAGGCUUAGUUGGCAGCCGUCGCUCUGUGGAUGUUAUGGACGUGAGCACUCAAAAAGGCUCCGAAAUGACCAUGUCCCAGUUUGUGCGUUACUAUGAGACACCGGAAGAGGAGCGGGACAAACUGUUCAAUGUGAUCAGCUUAGAGUUCAGCCACACCAAGCUGGAGAACCUCAUCAAGAGGCCCACUGUGGUGGAUCAGGUCGACUGGGUGGACAACAUGUGGCCUUCCUAUCUGAAAAAGAGCCAAACAGAAGCCACCAAUGUGAUCUCAGAGAUGAAAUACCCUAAAGUGCAAAGGUAUUGCUUGAUGAGCGUGAAGGGCUGCUAUACAGACUUCCACAUUGAUUUUGGGGGGACAUCUGUUUGGUAUCACGUCUUCAAGGGACAAAAAGUGUUCUGGCUAGUGCCUCCCACACUUAACAACCUGGCGCUGUAUGAGGACUGGGUGCUGUCGGGCAAGCAGAGCGAUGUAUUCCUGGGAGACAGAGCGGACGGGUGCCAGAGAGUGGAGCUCAAGCAGGGAUACACCUUCUUCAUCCCAUCUGGGUGGAUCCAUGCCGUCUACACUCCCGAGGACUCGCUGGUCUUCGGAGGCAACAUUCUGCACAGCUUUAACAUUCCAAUGCAGCUUACCAUUCAUGAGAUAGAGAACCGAACCAAGGUUCAUUCCAAGUUCCGCUUCCCCUUUUACUAUGAGAUGUGUUGGUACGUCCUAGAGAGAUACAUGCACUGCCUGACCAAACGCUCCUACCUUUCUCAGGAGAUCUGCAAAGAGCCUUUCUUAAUGGGAAGCCCCUCCUCUGACUCAAGAAGCCAGGAUACGAAUGACUACUCCUGCGAGAUGCAGCUCAGGGAUGAGGAGGAUCCCUGCUUGGAGACCCAGCACCUGAAAUACGUCUUAUCUGCUGACUCUGAGGACAGCUGCAAUCCUGUCUUCUCCAAAACCCCCUCGGCGUCCCCGGCCUCAGAGUGGCACAAUAAAUGGACUCAUCUGACGGAAUUUGAACUAAACGGACUUAGGAGGCUGGUUGAGAAGCUGGAGUCGCUCCCUGAACAUAAGAAAUGUGUUCCAGAAGGUCUGGAGAAUCCGCAAAGCCUGCUGGAGGACAUGAAGGUUGUCUUAAAAGAACACGCUGAUGAUGACCCAAAAUUAGCCAUCACUGGACUUCCUGUUGUGUUCUGGCCAAAGAAAAUCAUGAAGGCCCGCCCUCCAAAUCGACCCAAACCCAAAAUGUCGGCGUCCCCGGCGUCUGCGAUCAAGCUGUCGGCGAGUCGGGGAACCUCCGGCGCUAGGAGGAGACGGACGCGUUGCCGCAAGUGUGAAGCGUGCCUGCGAACGGAGUGCGGCGACUGCCACUUCUGCAAAGACAUGAAGAAGUUUGGCGGGCCGGGAAGAAUGAAGCAGUCGUGCAUCAUGAGGCAGUGCAUCGCCCCCGUCCUGCCACACACAGCAGUGUGUGUUGUCUGUGGAGAAGCGGGUAAGGAGGACACUGUUGAGGAGGAAGAGGAGAAGUUCAACCUCAUGCUAAUGGAGUGCUCCAUCUGCAAUGAGAUAGUCCACCCUCACUGUUUACAGGUGAAAGAUUCAAGCGGGGUUAUCAAUGAUGAGUUGCCGAACUGCUGGGAAUGUCCAAAGUGUAACCAUGCUGGCAAAACUGGAAAAGCCUCGAAGCAAAAAAGGGGCCCGGGGUUUAAGUACGCAUCAAACCUCCCGGGCUCGCUCCUGAAAGAACCACGUCAAAGCCGGGAUGCCAAAGAGGAGGCCGAUUCUCUCUUGCUGUCAUCUGCGACUGUUAACGCUCUGACCACCGCCAAGAGGAAAGCCGAAAGAGACGAAAUUCCAAGAAGGAGAGAGGAUGAGAAUACGAAGAAGCGGCACCCUCUGCUGUCCCUGGAUGGUUCUCCCCGGCCUCCGAGACAGGAGGACAACCCGCUGAGGAAGAAGAAGAAACUGUUUGACACGAGUGAUGAACCAGGCAACGUCAAAAGAAAGCUCUCAAAAUUGGACGAUCCUUUGACUGCAAAGCUGCUGAGACACAUCAAGACGGAGAACGACCUCGGCGAGUAUGAAGACAUCCAGGAGUCGCGCCAGGAAGACAGGUUCUCUUUGCACAGGAUCCAUUUCAAGGGGAAAAGGGAAUACGAGGACCAAGAGGAAGGUGAGGAGGAAGACUAUGAUUUGGACAGGACAGAGGACAAACCCAAAGGCCUGCUAAGUCCGCUAAGGAGAACGUUAGCAGGCAGAGAGGGCGACCACAGAGCUGGUCCCAGUGGCGAGCCAGGGGACGUCGGUGCUCAGUUAAAAGCUCGCCAUCACUGCAGACGUCCUGCCAACAGAGAGACGAACAAAGACAAAACAGAAGAGGCGGUCAACAAUCAGAGGACAGACGAUCACGAGUCGACCAACAGGAGGGCGCACAAAGCGGAGGAAGGCGGACCCAUUCAAAACAGAAGGCCCAAACAGAAGACGGAGGAGUUCCUGUCCAAUCAGAACCACAGGCCGGUUAAGGUGGAGCCUGAGAACGACAUAGUGGUGUCCAAUCCAAAAUGGCCGCUCAGUAACGGUAGCAGCGAUCUCGGGGGCUGGCUGAGACACAGCGGGCAGGAGCAGAACAGGACGCCACGCCGGCACUCGCCUCUCAGCUCCAACCGGAACACGCCGAUAGCCCCACGUCCGCUUCCUUGCCGCUCCCCACCCAAAUGCGUCCAAAUGGAGCGCCACGUCAUCCGCCCGCCUCCAAUCAGCCCCCCUCCUGACAGGCUGCCCCUGGGCGACGGCGAGGAGCAUGUGAUGCGGCGGGAGACCUGGAUGUUUGUGUUUGGCCACCUUAUGCACAGAGAUCUCUGCGUGUGCAUGCGCGUGUGCAGGACGUGGAACAGAUGGUGCUGCGACAAGAGGCUGUGGAAGCGCAUCAAUCUGAACCGCUGCAAGUCCAUCACACCCCUCAUGCUGAGCGGGAUCAUUCGAAGGCAGCCGGUGGCGCUGGACCUGAGCUGGACCAACAUCUCCAAGAAGCAACUCAGCUGGCUCAUCAACAGACUGCCUGGUUUGCGGGUGCUCCAGUUGUCUGGGUGCUCGUGGGUGGCCGUCUCUGCUCUUUGCACGUCCAGUUGUCCUCUCCUGAGAAUUCUGGAUGUCCAGUGGGUGGAAGGGCUGAAAGAUGCCCAGAUGCGGGACCUACUUUCACCUCCUACUGAUAACAGGCCAGGCCAGUUAGACAACAGGAGCAAGCUGCGCAAUGUGGAAGACAUCCGGCUGGCCGGUUUGGACAUCACGGACGCCACGUUGCGCCUCAUCAUCCGCCACAUGCCCUCGCUGUCCAAGCUGGACCUCAGCUACUGCAACCACGUCACCGACCAGUCGGUCAACAUCCUGACCGCUGCCGGGACCACCACCCGGGACUCUUUGACGGACAUCAACCUAUCAGUGUGCAACAGGGUGACGGACCAGGCGCUGACUUACUUCAAGCGCUGCGGGAGCAUUCGCCACAUCGACCUGCGCUACUGCAAACAGGUGAGCAAGGAGGGAUGCGAGCGCUUUGUGGCCGAGAUGUCGGUCAGCGUGCAGUUUGAGCUCAUCGAGGACAAACUGCUGCAGAAGAUCAAGCUUUUAACAGGCGAUUAGACGGCUGUCCACACGGGGGCAGCACACGACUGUACACUGUAUGAUGGAGGACCGCACUGUGUGUUGUUUCCUCCUGAUAACUACUGAGCCAGAAUGUAUAAAAAAAAACCCAUUUAUGUUCCUGUGAAGCCUUUAUUGUUUGUUCUUUUUGCACCUAAGUGUUCAAAGUUAUUUAUUGACUAUUUUCUACCAUGACUGUGUUAGUCUGUUCUGUUCUAAUGCAAAACGUAUUGCAUUGCAAGAGUGCUAUUUUUGUAUCAGAAAGCCUUUCUAUAAUAUUCUAAUAUUGAUAUUGGUAAUCAAUCAGUAUGCUCUUCAUUUUUGAGAGGUCAUUUUGUUAUUUUUUUGUAGCUUAUUUCAUUUGAGAUAUGUGACGUUGUGUAUUUUAUUUGCACCUUUAAUGACGAAUAGUGUAUUCAUGCAUACACUGGAGACGAGGGCUAUUCAACAGAAACUUUAAAAACGCACGUCAAAGAUAGGAAUCUACAGCAAAAGUGCUUAGUUAAAGGACCUUGGUGUGACAGAAAUGCUCCAAAAAAAAAAAAAAAAAAGAUAUGCUCGAUGAACCUACUGCAGAAAUGCUUGUCAAAGAUCCUCUAUAUAAUGAGCGCGCUGCAAUUUGGACAUACUGGGGAAAAAAUGCUAGUCAAAGACAAGAGUGCUCUACUGUUUUUAAGAACCUAAUGCGAAAAAGAAAGACCAGUCAAAGAUCCUCUAUAUGCCAUGAGCACUCUGCGGUUUUUAAGACCUACUACAAAAAAACCCCCAACACUGAUCAGAGAUUCUUUAUAUGAGAGGAGUGCCCUGCCGUUAGCUACUGAAGCUACUGCAAAAACGCAAGUCAAAGAUCCUCUCCAUAUGACAGGAGUGCUUUGCUGUUUUUAAGAACCUACUGCAAAAUCACUAAUCGAAGAUCUCCAACAGUAGAUGACAGGAGUGUUCUGCUCUUUUUAAGGAGCUACUGCAAAAACGCUAGUCAAAGAUCCUUUAUAUGACGUGAGUGUUGUGCUGUCUUUCAGGUCCUACUCCAUAAACGCUAGUCAAAGAUCCUCUCUAUAUGACAGGAGUGCUUUGCUAUUUUUAAGAACCUUCUGCAAAAGUGCUAAUUAGAGAUAUUUGACAAUAGAUGACAGGAUUGCGCUGUUCUUUUUAAGGACAAAAACAAACACGCGAGUCAAAGAUCCUUUAUAUGAUGUGAGUGUUGUACUGUUUUUAAGGUCCUACUCCACAAAGGCUGGUCAAAAUCCUCUAUAUGACCGGAGCGCUGUUUUUAAGGACCUACUGCAAAAGCACUAGUCAAAGAGCUUCCAUAGGAGACCGGCGUUUUUAGGAAUCUGCUGCAAAAAUGUUAGUCGCUCUCUGAUUUUGAAAUGAACUCACGGGCCGGUUUGAUGUCAUUCAUGGGCCAUAUUUGGCCCAUGGGCCGCCAGUUGAAUAGCCCUGCUGUCAAGUGUAUAAGUAGAUGUUUUUCUUUUCUUCCCGCAAUGAAAAGUGUCCGUCAUUCGUCCGUCAUGCUUGUUCUUUGUUAAAGUAUGUGAAGUGUAUUAGCUCAGCAUGCAGCACUUGAACACUCCGAGCUGUCAUUCUCAUGAAUGGAAAAGAAAGAAAGAACAUCAAGUUUUUGCAUAAAAGGGAAGCUAGCCUGACUAAAAUGCAACUGAUUGGAGAAAAUGUAAAUGUCUUCUUUAGAAAAGUGGCUGAUAUUUUUGUGCUUGGGCUGUUGGAAGAACGAGCAAAAAAUUGGAAAUAACCCCUAAAAACAAUGAGCGAAAAAUUAUUAUUUACUGGAAAACUACAAACUAAAAAUAGUUUGAUGCACUUUUUUUUGCCAUGUUUUUUUUAUGUAUGUUUAUUUUUUUGUACUUUUUUUUUUAUAAAUGUCUUUUUUUUCCACUUUUGCAUUUUUUUAAAAUAUUUAUUUGAUUUUGAAAAAUUCCAAUUUGAGUGUUAAUUGUUCAGUGUUAACACGUUACCCCUAAUAGAUGCCUGGUCCUCUCUGUAGUUGAGUAAAUCAAAGCCACUAUGUGAGAAAAUACAGCAUUGGCUGUUGGAAGUUGUACACAUUCUAAAUAAUUUGAUUUAUCAAGUUAUCUAUAUAUCAAAACAUAUAUAUCAUCUAAAAAUAUUAUUUAUAUAAUUCCAUAAUGACAAAAAAUGUACUGUAUAUAUAUUUAGUUUUUUGUUUGUAUUUUUUACAAAACUGAAUCAGACUGAAAACUAACGUUACCCUUAUUUUGUAUUGUUAAACCUCCCACGUUGGUGUGUUUACUGUACAUGUUGUGCAUAAUGUACACAUUCAAAGACAUUUAGCAAGAGUUCUGUCCACCUUUUGAGACGUUUGAAAUACAAAAAAAGAGGAUUCCACA